GGGGAGGGGCAGGAGGGAGUCGUGUCCUGUGUCCCACGGGUUUCUGGGUGUGUCUCUGCCCCUUUUGUGUCUGUGUGUGCCUGAGGUCAGGUCUGGACUUUUCUGUGGGUGGUGUGCACACACGGGUAGCUGUGUGCCCCUGAGCCACUGUGGGUGGACACGUGUGUCGGUGUGUGACUGUGUGACUACACGCGCCAGUCCCAUGCAGGAGACUGUUGGCCACGCGAGACCGCGUCCUCGUCUGCACACACGCCUCUAGGCACAUCCCUGUCUGUGCACACAGGCACCAGGUGGCUUUGCACACAGGGAGGCAGAAUGGAGUCCCUCUUCCCUGCCCCCUUCUGGGAGGUCCUCUACAGUGGCCACCUGCAGGGCAACCUGUCCCUCCUGAGCCCCAACCACAGCCUGCUGCCCCCCCACCUUCUGCUCAACGCCAGCCACGCCGCAUUCCUGCCCCUUGGGCUCAAGGUCACCAUUGUGGGGCUUUACCUGGCUGUCUGCAUUGGGGGACUCCUGGGGAACUGCCUCGUCAUGUAUGUCAUCCUCAGACACACCAAGAUGAAGACGGCCACCAACAUUUACAUCUUUAACCUGGCCCUGGCAGACACUUUGGUGCUGCUGACACUGCCCUUCCAGGGCACUGACGUCCUCUUGGGCUUCUGGCCGUUUGGAAAUGCCCUGUGCAAGACGGUCAUUGCCAUCGACUAUUACAACAUGUUCACCAGCACCUUCACCUUGACCGCCAUGAGUGUGGACCGCUAUGUAGCCAUCUGCCACCCCAUCCGAGCUCUCGAUGUCCGGACGUCCAGCAAGGCUCAGGCUGUCAAUGUGGCCAUCUGGGCUCUGGCAUCCGUUGUCGGUGUUCCUGUUGCCAUCAUGGGCUCGGCGCAGGUCGAGGAUGAAGAGAUCGAGUGUCUGGUGGAGAUCCCCGCCCCACAGGACUACUGGGGCCCUGUGUUUGCCGUGUGCAUCUUCCUCUUCUCUUUCAUCAUUCCCGUACUCGUCAUCUCCAUCUGCUACAGCCUCAUGAUCCGGCGGCUGCGUGGUGUACGCCUGCUGUCCGGCUCCCGCGAAAAGGACCGGAACCUGCGGCGCAUCACGCGGCUGGUGCUGGUGGUGGUGGCUGUGUUCGUGGGCUGCUGGACGCCUGUGCAGGUCUUCGUGCUGGCACAGGGCCUGGGGGUGCAGCCGGGCAGCGAGGCCGCCGUGGCCGUCCUGCGCUUCUGCACGGCGCUCGGCUACGUCAACAGCGGCCUCAACCCCGUCCUCUACGCCUUCCUGGACGAGAACUUCAAGGCCUGCUUCCGGAAGUUCUGCUGUGCCCCAGCCCUGCGCCGGGAGACGCAGGUGUCCGACCGUGUGCGCAGCAUCGCCAAGGACGUGGCCCUUGCCUGCAAGACUUCUGAGACAGUACCACGGCCCGCAUGACUAGGCGUGGACCUGCCCAUGGUGCCUGUCAGCCCGCAGAGCCCAUCAACACCCAACACGGAGCUCACCCAGGUCACUGCUCUUUAGGCUGACACCCAACCUGGGUCCUGGGCAUUGCCGGACUUGCGGACUUCCGCGUGGCCUCAGAGGGCCUGGUGACGUCAUGGGACAGGUCAGAUGGUAGCUGCCCUCCCCGUGCAUAGCAGAGAGGGGACCCCUGCCACGAGUGUGCCCGGCCAGAGCCCCUGCCAACACCCUAACCCUCAUGGCACUCUGCUGGCCUCUCCCCCACGGCGCCCUGCGGGCUCUGGGUAUGGGCACACCUGGAGGUGUGACAGCAGUGUGCCACCUGCUCCCUGUGCCAUAUGCUCUCUGCGGGGGGCCCUGCAACCCCUCCUUGGGGUUUGGAGCUGCCGGUGAGGACUUGCCUGGGCCUCAAGUGCCGUCACUUCCCUGUCCCCCACGCCCGCCUCUGAGAGGCUUCUGAGGGGCUUUUCGCUCCCGAAGCACAAAGAACCAUCAACCACAGAUGUGGCUGUCUGGGGUGUGGAGGUGGCCUGGAGGGACAGUGGGCUGCUCGGUCACCUCAGGCCACUUUGUCGUUCUGGAAACAGCCCCGGAGUCCUGGUCUUGGCUGCACAGCGCUGGAGGGGAGGGGCGCUCUGCUGUGCUCUGUCCCUGGGUCCUCUGCGGCUCUCUUGAAGUCAGAGGUCAGCAGUUUUGCGGCCGACAGGCCCUUGCGCCCUGUUUGGACCCUGGUGGACCUGGAGGAGGAGUUGGCCGUGGGGAUGGACUCUGCUCUGCC